CAACACUUUAGCCAAAAAACAGACAUAUUUUCGCAUUAUUUGCCAUAAAAUGCAUUCAUUUAUCGCUUUUUAAUUGCAAUUAAAACUCAAAUCCAUUUCUCAUUUCAUCACUGAUUGAAAGGCAAACUAAUUGUGGUUUAAAUACUGCGUUGAAUCGUUGAGUUGUGCGGACCUGUGCUGACCCGCCGUCCCCUUUGAACCGAUGCCUCGUUCGGCGCGUAAAUCGCUUACCGGUGGCCGACAGUCGGUGUCUGCCGUCGGUCUGACCGCCGGUCACUCGUCGGCGGUUAACGCGGGACUCAUUUUGGCCAAAAUGUGUCAAAACAGUGGACAACAGCACAACAAAAGCAAUACUAAUUCCGUGACCACACCUCAGACCGUGUCCUCAGUGUCUGGCGUCCAGUCGUCCGCUAAGACGCCGUCUAUACUGCACUCGAAGACAACCCCUCAGAGCCAACAGCCGGUGCUGUCGUUCAUCGCAGACGACACGUCCAGCUCUCAGUACACAUCUCUGGCCAACUCCUCGCCGACAUCGAUGUCGCGCAACAACGCGUUCGCAUCACUGGUCGGAGCGGCGACUAAUCAAUUCAAUCAAUACAAUAUGGAUUCGUUGCAAACCAUUCCCAUUAAGCGCCGCAAACAGGACCCCAAGACUGGCAAAGGGUUGCGACACUUCUCCAUGAAG